AAAUACAUUAUUGAACUAGAAACGAUUCUCAAAUUUAUUUUCAAUUAUCAAUACACUUCGCAUAUCAGUUAAUCGAUUAUCGAACACUCAGUGUCUUUUUCAAUUGAUCAUCACCAAAUCGACCUCUCAAAUCAUCGAUUAUGGCUAUCAUUUAGUCGACUAUUUUCAUGACACCGCCAUGUGUGAUUAGUGACUCGUGCCGCAUUCCGUACAACAUAAAUAAAUAAACAAUAAACAUGAGUUUUGCAAAAACAAAAGAGACGAUUGACGAGGGUGACACUGUGGUGCUGUACUUGGGUCCUCAGAGCAUGCACACCUUCGAGGUGACUCAGAAAAUAGUGAAUAAGAAGGGAGAACUGGUGGACAACGUUUUUCAGACGACGUAUGGAGCUCUGAAGGUUUACAGCUUGAUUGGAAAGAGGUAUGGAUCCAAAGUGGAGCUGUCCAGAGGCUGGGCUUACGUACUUCAACCCACACCCGAGCUCUGGACCACUACGUUACCACAUCGUACACAGAUCAUUUACACUCCGGAUAUUAGUUUAAUUAUCCACUUGUUGGAGCUGGUGCCGGGGAGCAUUGUCAUCGAAACUGGUACUGGAAGUGGAUCACUCUCGCACUCUCUAAUCCGCACUGUUCGACCCCGCGGUCACUUAUACACCUUUGACUUCCACGAGCAGAGGGUCCAACUAGCCACUGAAGAAUUCACUAAACACGGUUUAAGUAAUCACGUGACAGUAGCCCAUCGAGAUGUUUGUCUGGAGGGAUUUGGGGAGGACCUCAAGCACAAAGCAGAUGCCGUUUUCCUCGAUUUGCCCCACCCCUGGCUGGUGGUUGAGCAUGCUGUCAACGCCCUGAAGAAGUCAGGGGGUAAAUUGUGCUCCUUCUCACCCUGCAUCGAACAGGUUCAGCAAACUUGUCUGAAACUUGAAGCUGCUGGAUUUGUGGAUAUCAGAACUCAGGAAUGUCUACAGAGGGAAUUAAAUGUGCACUAUAAACACUGUCCAAAGUUGGAAAUGAAUUGGUCUCAAUCACAGAAAUUAACUCCAGAUGAAAUUCAGAAGAAGAACGAAGAGCAGGAGAGGAUCCUGACAGUCUCCCACUCUUCCUCAACCCCAGGGCACACAGGCUACAUCACAAUAGCGACUCUUCCCCCCAAUUUCGCCCGUCUCGUACCCACAUAACAAUAAAUGACGAGAAAAUCCUGUGACUUUGUAAAAAAAAUGUAUUUCAUUAUUAUAAUUAUCCAUUCAAUAUCACGAGUUGUGUCGAGUGCAGUGGAGUCAUUUCCGCCAGCAAAAUAACAAGCAACACUGCAGUAAUUCGUGUAUAGAACGAUUUUAGGGUAUUACAUACGAGUAUUUACAAAAAUACUGGAUGAAUGACCUGGCGUGCUGUAAUUUUGAACGUAACGGUACCUUAAAGUUGUCUUAAAGUUGUGAAAUUCAUCACUAAUGGCAACAAUGUUCUCCUCCUAAUCAUGUUCUGUAUCACCUUCUCUCUCUGAAUUGAGUUAUAAAGUUUUGAAGCAUGAUAGAAAAGAAUAAAUAGAUGUUUUAUAUUUGAUGAAAAUUAAAUUGAUUGUUUUUAUGACGAAUAAAAAUUUUUGGAUA